AGCCUAGAAAACCUACUGGUCAAGCCAGUGUUUUUAACAUGAUGUUUCGACAUCAGAGCAGAGAGACGUUUUUCUACCUUUGGGGGAUUUGGGGGAUGAUCAGAGCGAGCGUUACGUGCCAGUCACGUGUCAGUCCCGGGCGACUUUGGUUCACGCGACCCUUUUAAAUUCAUCGCCAAUGUUCUGCUGAACUCCGAGGAGGGAAUUCACACAGUUAACUAAAGUUAUGGCUACUUCAUCCUCAAGGGAACUUAUCCAAGUAGCAGCAUCCUAUUAAGUGCACUAUCAAAAGGACAGAGUGUGCACCUAAAAUGUAGGAAUCUCCCAUCUAGCUCUUCGAGCGCAGAACACCACCGAUAUUGCUGUACUAUUUGAGAUCAAGCGGAAAAUAGUGCAACAUCUGAUGGAAAAUGAAGGUGCAAGGCUAACCUUGAAACAGCUGUAGAUGCAUCUCCCUAUCCACACACCAGAGGAUGACGCUACAAUAGACAACAGAUCUGCCUUUCACCAUGCUACCUAAAGACCACAACAGCGAGCCCAAGGCUGCCAAGCUCAGCCUGUUCAACAGGAAUAAUGCCCUGAACGCCUGUAUGAAGACGGAGGAGAAGAAAGAGAAGGAGAUCCAGUAUGAGGAUUCCCCGGAUGGUGGCUGGGGCUGGAUGGUCGUACUUCACUGCUUCCUGGUGAACAUGCUGGUGAUGGGGACCCUGAAGAGCUUUGGGAUCUUCUUCGUGGCAUUCCAGGAUGAGUUCGGAGAGUCGGCAGAGCGUAUCAGCUGGAUCGGCUCUAUCAUGUCUUGCCUGCGGCUCUCUGGAGGUCCCCUGGCCGCUGUAGCGUGUGCGAAGCUGGGUUACAGAUUGACCUCUAUAGCUGGGGCUGUGCUGGUCGGUGUUGGCUUCCUCAUGAGUAUCUUUGCCACCAGCGUGGUGUUCCUCUACAUCAGCAUGGGGCUGAUUGUGGGUCUUGGUUUUGCGCUCCUGUACCAAGCCACCUCUGUUGUCACGGCAACAUAUUUCCGUAAGAGGUUAGCGAUGGCAUACUCCAUCGGGCGGUCUGGGAUGGGCUUGACCUUCGCCCUCGCCCCCUUCACUCAGCUGCUGCUGGAGCAGUACGCAUGGCAAGGAGCUCUGCUGAUCCUGGGAGGCCUGAUGUUAAACCUGGUGGCCUCUGGGAUGCUGCUAAGACCCAUCCACGUGAAGCCUGCACCACCCCCUUCCUCAUCUUCAUCCAUCCAAAAAAGCCCUCUGAUAGGUCCAGAGAAGAGCAAGGACCGCCCUCAGAAUGGAUGCUGCUUUAACGGAUCCACACCAUUAACCAAAGGCAUUGCCAAAUCAGACUCUUCUCCUUCCACUCCACCACCCCUGCACUGGGACACUGAGACCCCAGAGAAGGUCUCCACACCUGGGCUUGGUCAGAGCAACCACAGCUCCCCACCACCAAACCCUGAACUGACAAAGCUGGUCCAAAACGGGCAUGUUCAGGAGGCAUCCCCUACCACGACCACCAUAGACAGCCCCAGCCCCAUGGAACAGAAUGGUACCAUUAGCCUAAACGGUCCCGCUGUGUUUGGGUUCUCCUCGCCGAACGGCACCACCACCACCGUGGACGACCCCAUCCCACCGACCGUGAACAAGAACAGAGUCCUGGACUUCUCCCUGUUGAAGAACCCCUUCUUCUGCAUCUACACCUGGUCCGUGGUGUUCAGCCAGCUAGCAUACUUCAUCCCCUACUUCCACCUGUCUGCCCGGGCCAGGAACCUGGGCAUCGGGGCCAUGGACGCUUCCUUCAUCAUCUCUGUGGCAGGUAUCACAGAGUCUAUAGCCCAGCUAGGCUCGGGCUGGCUAGCGGAUAAGAACCUGUUCCAUAAGCACCACUACCACAAGUCCUACCUGAUCCUGUGUGGAGUGGUCAACCUGUUUGCCCCGCUGGCUAACACCUACAUUCUGCUCAUGGUCUACGCUGUGUUCUUUGCCAUCUUCUGCGGCGGUUACAUGGCACUGCUACUACCUGUCCUGGUGGACCUGGUAGGGCAAGAAAAACUCAACAACUCCAUGGGAUUCUCUAUGUUCUUCGUAGGCCUCGGCUGUCUGACAGGACCUCCUCUCGCAGGUUUCCUGUAUGACUACACCCAGACCUACGACUGCUCCUUCUACCUGGCGGGGGUGUGUUACCUGCUGUCCUCUGUCUCUCUCUUCCUGGAGCCCGUGGCAAGGAGGUGGCAGAGCAAAAACAAGAACGCAGACGCCGGCUGGAAGUCCAACGGCUGCUUCUGCCCUGAGCCUGAGCUUCCUGGCCCGAAGAACAGCAACGACAACGGCGUCGUCUAGAGGGUAGCUUCACCCCAGCUAGCACAUUUGGUUCCUUGGAAGUUUGUACGCAAAAUAACCAUAGGGCAAUCACCAUGCCUUAACAACCACUAUGGUCCUUAGAACGUUUUGGGCUAGCUGGGAUAUUACCAUACUCCCCAAGUCUCCUUCAUCAAGCCUGGAAUCAAGGUUAUGUAGACGGAGGGAGGGGAGGAUUGGCUUCCUGAUCCUAAUAUAUGCCAUUUAGACUGACAGUGAAGUGAGUACAGACAUUUUGGGGAUUUGUGAUCCCAGCGGGAAUCGAACCUGCGACCUUGACAUUGCUCUUACUAACUGAGCCACACAUAACUGUGUAGAGGGAGGGCAGAGUUGUCUGCUUCCCCUUUCUCUCUGCCUCCUUAAAACAAGCAUGGACCUCCAUGUGCCAACUGUGCCAGUUACCAAGGAAUACCCAACUGAUUGACUGUCUGACUGACUGACUGACUGUCUGUCUGAGGAGAAAGCCAAUGAAUACCCAAUUGACUGACUGACUGACUGUCUGAGGAGAAAGCCAAUGAAUACCCAAUUGACUGACUGACUGACUGUCUGAGGAGAAAGCCAAUGAAUACCCAAUUGACUGACUGACUGACUGUCUGACUGACUGUCUGAGGAGAAAGCCAAUGAAUACCCAACUGACUGACUGACUGACUGACUGACUGAGAAUAAAUUAUUAUGACCACAGCAAUGUUACUGUAAUAUCCUAAUAAUGGUUGUAUAUAUAACGAAGACUUUUCCUUCAGUCCAUAAAGAGAGGCGGCAGACGGAUAAUCCUGUUUUGUAACUUUUUGGAUAUAAGACAAAUGUACACUUAUUCUGCUUCUGGUCACAAAUGUUAUCUCUCAUGGUCUCAUGGCAUCGCCUGACACCUGCUACACAAAUCUCAUUCUAGUGUUGACUAACGUGGCUGGAACACCGUUCGGUAUGAGGAGGAAUUGAACAACGCAACAACCACCCGUUGUCUCUACAAUCACAUCCCUGUUAAAUCAGAAACGGUACACCAAUGUGGUACAACGUUCUAAAUAGCACCCUAUGUUCCCUAUAUAGUGCACUACUUUAGACCAGGGCCCAUAGGGCUCCCAUAGGGGGGCUGGUCAAAAGUAGUGCACUAUAUAGGGAACAUAGGGUGGUUUUUGGCACGCAGCCUUGUUCAACAGCUGUCUUUUUAUACCUAUAUAUAGUUAUACCUGUUCACAGAAACAUGCACUUUGUGGCAUUUUGAGAUCAUGUUGUAUAUGGUAUGGGUUAUAUACCAUAUAGAUUAUGUACCAUAUUUAUGGUAUAUACAGUGCCUUCAGAAAGUAUUCACACCCCUUGACUUUUUACACAUUUUGUUACA